AUGCUCGGUCGAAUAUUUCCUCGCGUUCCAAUCUUGCGCACUCUUUUGCCCCGCGUCUCCCAGCCCCUUCUCCCCACCUCGCGCUUCGCCUUGGCGGACUCUCGUAUACUCACCCGCGUACCUCGCUCAUCCUCAAGCCGUCUGUUUCACCAUACACCAGCACGACUCUCCUCAUCGCUACCGCCUUCUCCAUCAUCCGACGAGUCCCAAGCAAAUGCCAGCACCUCCCUCUCACAGCGUCUCCGAGUGCUCAUCAAAUCGUACGGGUGGUAUGCCCUCGGAAUGUACAUCGUAAUCUCGGUCGCCGACUUCGGUGUCGCCUUUGCCGGCGUCAACCUGCUUGGUGCAGACUACGUUUCCGCGGUCGCGGCUUCCGCCAAGGAGUGGGUGCUUGGUUUUGCGUCCUCACGCCCUCCAGAGCCGGGCAGGGAGGAGCUGGAUGCAGUCGCAGCACAGACCGGUGCCGGCGGGAACGAGGGGCUGUAUGCAAUGCUCGUCCUGGCUUACACCGUGCACAAGACCCUCUUCCUGCCGGUCCGAGUGGGCUUGACCGCGGCCUUGACUCCUAGAUUGGUCGGCUGGCUACGGGCCAGAGGUUGGGCGGGCGGUGCUGGUGCGAGAAGGGCAGCACAAGAGAUGAGGAACCGGAUACGGAAGGACUUGGAUUGA